AUGAGUGCUAACAGACAAACAAUGUUGUUCAAAGCCCUGAGUGCUUUGACUGGCUUAAAAAUUGUUGGGUUGUGUAGUCAACACCCCGAAGCGCAGAAAAUCGACCUGGAAAUGUUUACGAAUUUGUUUGUGAAUAACAACAUUGAAGAAGCCGUAGAAGUGUUCGUGGAAAAUAACAACAGAGAAAGAAUUGUUCCUGAAAUUCAUCCAAACGAACCAACUUUUAAAAUUUAUAUUAACAAUUCGUUGGCUUCAAAUAAAAUAUUUUCGAUAGACAUCUCGUCGAAUUGGUCCACUGAAAAAGUCCAACAAGUUAUUUUUGAUAAAACUGGCAUACCAUCUGAUCUUUAUUAUCUUGUUUUUAGAGGAAGAAUUUUGGAUGAAGGAAUAAACAUUUCAGAGUAUUAUGUCACUGAAGAAUGUACCUUGUUCAUGGUUGGAAAACUUCGCGGAGGCCUAAAAGAAUUUGCAUUCGAUGACAAUUUGUUGUCACCAAGUUAUGACUAUGAUUUCACAGGUAUUGAUGAUGUAAAAGAUGGUAGAACAUAUACAAGAGGUGGGAAGAAGUACUCAAGACCAUGUGGGUACAUGAGAUAUGCACUCAAUGUAUUGGGAAAGUAUGAUAAUGGAGAUGACACUUGGUUGGGGAUGUCAAAUUCCAAAGGUGAGUGGGCAGUGAGUUACCAUGGAACAGACUCGAAUUUCGCAAAUUCAAUCUGUAAAAAUGGGUUUAUAAUUGGAGAUAGAAAUGCUUAUGGUGAUGGAGUUUAUUGUAGUCCCUGUUUUGAAACUGCAGCAAGUUAUUCAAAAGAUAAAAUUGACGACGAGGGCAACAAAUUUAAAAUAGUGUUCCAAAACAGAGUCAAAACCGAUGAAAUUAAUUAUGCUGAUAAAAAUGGAGGACCUUCGGAUUAUUGGUACAUGGAUCCCAAAAAUAUCAGACCGUACGGAAUAUGCAUUAUCAAGUUGAAUUGA